UCAUUUAUCAACAUUACGAGCGAGAGUGUUUACAAUUUCCUAAGAUCACUGAUAACAUUAUCUAUCUGAAAUGUAUCGGUCGAAAAAAUAAUAUAGUUGAAUUGAACGAUCAAUUUAUAAGUCUUAGUUCCUUUUUAUCUUCGUUAGGCUAAGAAUCUGUUCAACGUUUUGUCUGUUCUAAUUUUAUACAGAAUGUUGAGGACAUUAUCGAAGAGUUUCAAAGUUUUGAAACAAGAACAAAUUAGUGUUGCUAGAUGGUAUCAUACUGAGAAUGUGUUUGGGUUCAGAAAAAAGAUUGAAAAUGAGUUUACAAUUGAAGAAGAUGUCCUCCAAAAUAGGUCGAAAGAGAGCAAUUUUUAUAGAUUAGUAACAGCAUAUAGAGAACAUGGCCAUAAAAAGGCCGAAGUGAACCCAAUAUCUAUGAUAGACCAAAAAAAGCAACUUCCAGAAUUAGACCUAAAACGCUACAGUUUAGAAGAAGGAGAUAGAGUGAAGACUAAAGGAAUUCUUGAAUGUGAUAAAGAUGAGAUUUCUGUACAAGAAGCGUUGAAUAUUCUAGAAAACUCUUAUGCUGGACAUAUAUCCGCAGAAUUCACUUAUUUAGAGCAAGAAGAAGAACGAGAAUGGUUCGCCAAGGAAUAUGAGAAAUUGCAGAACCUAACGAUAGAUGAUAACGCCAAAGUUGAAAUGGCAAAAGAAAUGCUGAAGGCUCAAGAAUUUGAUCGUUUCUUGGCUGCUAAAUACCCUGGUUUGAAAAGAUACGGUGGAGAAGGUGCAGAGGGUAUGGUGCCCUUCUUCAUGGAGUUAUUCAGACUCUCUGCUAAAGGAAGCAUUCAGGAAUUAGUUAUCGGAAUGCCACACAGGGGUAGAUUAAACAUACUGACUGGUCUUUUGAGAUAUCCACCAGCCCAAAUAUUCCUGCGCCUAAAAGGAGAAAAGGACUUUCCCGAUCAUUACGAAGCUACCGGAGACACACUUAGCCAUAUAAAUGUUUCAGAGGAUCUCCAUUACGGAAACGAUAAAGUCCAUAUAACGGUUUUGAAGAACCCAUCUCACCUAGAAGCUGUCAAUCCUGUAUCUGUUGGUAAGACUAGGGCGAAACAAAUGUUGCUCAGGGAUGGAGAUUAUGGAAAAGAGGGGCGCUUAAGCGACAAAAUAUUGAAUUUGCAGGUGCACGGUGAUGCAGCUCUCAUGGGACAAGGAGUGAACCAAGAAACCUUGAAUAUGAGUCAAACGCCUCACUAUGAGGUAGGUGGCGCUAUCCACAUGGUGACAAACAAUCAGCUAGGGUUCACAACUCCUCCAGAAAGGGGUAGAUCUUCGAGAUAUUGCACGGAUCUCGCUAAAAUGAUCUCUGCUCCUGUCGUACAUGUUAGCGGUGAUCACCCAGAGUUGGUCUACAAAGCUACCAGACUGGUGUUUGAGUAUCAGCGGAAGUUUAGGAAGGACGUUUUUCUGGAUAUCAACUGUUACAGACUGUGGGGGCACAAUGAAUUGGAUGAUCCGUCUUUCACAAAUCCUAGUCUGUACAAAAUUAUACGUUCCAAGAAAACUGUUCCAGAUAUGUACGCUGCAAAACUCAUCACCGAAGGUUUAUUAACUGAAGAAGAGACAAAGGAAAUAUCAUCCUCGCAUUCUAAAUGGUUGAAUGAUGCUCACAAAAGUUGCGAUUCCUAUACACCUCAGGAUCCCUACUUCAGUGGCAAUUGGAAUAACAUGGAGGUGGCUAAGAAUCAAGUGACUGUAUGGGACACUGGGGUCAAUUCAGAUGUUUUGGCAUACGUCGGCCGAAAAUCUGUCCAAUACCCGGAUUCAUUUAAUAUACAUCCCACAUUGUUAAAAUCGUAUGUUAAGAACCGUUUGUCGAAAAUAUCUGAAGGGGUUGAUAUUGACUGGGCUACAGCUGAAACUCUAGCUUUUGGUUCGCUUCUUUAUGAAGGUUACAAUGUGAGGAUAAGUGGGCAAGAUGUGGGUCGUGGCACCUUCUCCCAUCGUCAUGUGAUGCUAGUAGACCAAGAAACUAACGAAUUGCACAUUCCCUUGAACGAUCUACACAAGGACCAACAAGGUUUUCUGGAGAUUGCCAACAGUACUUUGUCAGAAGAGGCUGUAGUCGGUUUUGAAUACGGUUUCAGCAUAGAAUCUCCGAGAAAUCUCUGCAUCUGGGAGGCCCAGUUUGGAGAUUUCUUCAACAGUGCCCAGAUUCCUGUAGAUUGUUUUGUCACCUGCGGCGAAAGUAAAUGGAUAUACAACAGUGGAUUGACUAUACUUCUUCCUCAUGGAUACGACGGUGCUGGACCAGAUCACAGUUCUUCAAGGAUCGAGAGAAUCUUGCUGCAAACAGAUUCCAAAGAAGACAAAGUAGAUGGGGACAACAUCAAUUUGCAAGUUUGCCAGCCUAGUACACCGGCUCAGUAUUUCCAUCUGCUGAGGAGACAGAUGGUUAGAAACUUCAGGAAGCCGUUAAUUAUUAUAACUCCAAAAACGUUAUUGAGAUUAGCAGAAGCCACUUCCAGUUUUGCUGAAAUGUCUCCACAAACUACUUUCAUGCCUGUCAUAGGUGAUAAGAUGUGCGAUCCCGAACAAGUUACAAAAGUAUUAAUAACUUCUGGAAAACAUUAUUACACUUUAUUAAAUAAGAAAAUAGCAUUAAAGGAUAACAGUACAGCUUUGAUAAGACUGGAAUCGUUUGCACCUUUUCCCACAGCUGAGUUAUUGAAAGAAAUCCAGAUUUUCAAGAAAAAUGCUGUGAUUAUCUGGUGCCAAGAAGAACCAAGAAAUAUGGGCGCUUGGACGUUCGUUAAACCGAGAUUUGAAAAUCUCAUUGGAAGGAGGAUCUUGUACUGUGGUAGAGAGGAACUGGCAACCUCAGCAGUAGGCGUAGCUAAAGUACACCAAAAGGAAGUGGAAGAAAUUGAAACUAAACCAUUUGCUAUGAAAUUCAAUUAAAUAAUAAACUAUUUUAUCACA